GCCGGCUAAUGUCCUACACGGAUUAAAGAUGGCUCCUUCUCACGCACUAAGGUGCUGUAAACGGGCUCUGAACUGGAUACCUGUCCUGUUUAUUAACCUGGUGGUCGGCUGGUCUUACUACGCCUAUGUCGUGGAGCUCUGCGUGUAUACAAUCCCAAAUAAUGCAGAACGAAUCAGCUAUUUGGUCAUCUUUCACAUUUUCCUCAUCAUGUUCAUAUGGUCUUACUGGAAAACUAUCUGGUCCACACCAGCCAGCCCCUCAACAGCGUUCGCUCUGCCCAGAGCAGAGAAGGAACUGUAUGAACGAGAGGAGCGGGCCGAGGUGCAACAAGAAAUCCUGAAGAAAGUGGCCAGGAAUUUACCCGUGUAUACACGCACAGCAGGAGGAGCCAUCCGAUACUGCGACCCCUGCCAGGUAAUCAAACCUGACCGCUGCCAUCACUGCUCAACCUGUGAGAUGUGUGUGCUGAAAAUGGACCAUCAUUGCCCCUGGGUGAAUAACUGUGUUGGAUUCUCAAAUUACAAGUACUUUGUCUUGUUCUUGGCCUACGCUUCACUCUACUGUUUAGUUAUUUGUGCUACAGUCGUCCAAUAUUUCAUCAAAUUCUGGACUAAACACCUACCUGACACACACGCCAAAUUCCACAUCUUGUUUCUGUUUUUCGUGGCGGCGCUGUUCUUCAUCAGCAUCCUGUCGCUUUUCAGCUACCAUCUCUGGCUCGUGGGAAAGAACAGGACCACUAUAGAGGCUUUUAGGGCUCCUGUCUUCACAAAUGGUCCGGACAAAAAUGGGUUUUCUUUAGGCUUUAGCCGAAAUGUAGCUGAGGUGUUUGGAGACCAAGCAAAGUACUGGAUCUUUCCUAUUUUCUCAAGUCUGGGAGAUGGACAUUCCUUUGUUACCAGAUUGGUUCACAUAGAUCCUGAACAAGCAAACAGUGUCCUCCAGCAAAAUGGCAAAAGCCUUGCUGAUGAGGAGACCAACCCUUGUGUGCUCGGUAACAAUAUACAACACGAAGUGGACGACGGCAAACAGAAAACUGAUGGAGGCCAGAUAGUGUCUGUGACAGUGGAGAGUGAGCCAUAGCAGGUCGCAGGCACACCAGUAAAGAGCACGUCAACUACGAUGCCUUAAACCAGGAUCAUCUGCACAUCCACAGGAACCAUCCUCCACCCUUAUUUUGACAGUGCAGCCUCAGGUCGCAUGUUUUGUAUGUACGUUAAAUGGACCAUCCUUCAUCUUUUGUGCUUGUAAAAGUUGCACCACCACAAUACUGUUAUCAUGUCAACAGAGGCUGUACAGUGACCCAAUAGACUGCACCAGUCUGAACCAGAGGCGAUUCACAGGUUUUGUCUUUGUUACUAGCCAAAGACAUUCAAAUAAUAUUAUUUGAAAAACUCUGGGGCUGCUUUUACUCCCCCUUGAGCCAAUGUUUCUUUUAACUGAAGGGAAUAAUCACAUUAUAAAUUUCAACUAGAGACUCAUCCUUUGUCAGUAUUAAUCAAGAAUUAAUAACUAAGCCUCAAAUUUGUUUGUUUGUAGAACAGUGGGAGCCACAAAAGUGAUAUUUGUCUUCAGGACAUAAUUGAGUAGGAGUGAAAACUCUGUGUGAACCAUAUGUGCAAUAUGUCUAAGCAGGUUUUAACUCCGAGCACAGUGCAAUUAUUAAGACCAAUCGUCAGUUAUCAAACGGUCUGAUUCAGUUUACAGUUUACGUCAUUGAAUAUAUUUAAUGGUCUUUCUGUUUACACUAUUAAUAUAUUUAUUUUUUGCAUUUCAGUUUUUAUAUGAUGGUUGACAUAAGCUUCAAAUGUGAGGACCAAAUCCAGUUUAUCUGCUGUUUAAAUACUUAAUUCCAAAUUAUUAUUUAAGACACCAGUAGAUCACAUAUGCAGAGUAAUUAUCAAUGAUAUUUUCCGUUGCACUAUAAAUAAUUGUCAUUUAUUUGUUUUUAAGCUUUUAUAAAUUAAUUUCAUUGUCUUUCUGUGUCUAUUGAUUUUAUUGUAAUGGCUUAUUUGUUUUAUUUAUAUGUACUGGUGUUUUGUUUUAAUGUUCUCUUCAUGAGAACAUUAAAACAAUGGUUAGUUUCCUCUGAUGGGCAGGUUGGGACCUUGCAUGGUAGCCCCUGUACCCAUUCAGCGUAUGAAUGUGUG